AUGGAGGUGGAGGAGCUCCAUUUGGAGCUCAAUAUCUACUGGAGGGAGUUCACCCUGUCUGCACAUUUCCGGGUCUGCGAGCCGUACACGGACUACAAAGGUCGCUACCACUUCGGUUUUCACUGCCCCCGUCUUUCUGACAAUAAAUCUUACAUCUUUUGCUGUCACCAUAACAACACGGUAUUUAAAUACUGCUGCAAUGAGACAGAAUUUCAGACUGUUAUGCAGAUGAACUUAACGGGGAAUGCAGAUGGAUAUAUGCAUAACAACUACAGUGCACUGUUAGGAGUGUGGAUCUAUGGCUUUUUUGUGGUGAUCUUGCUGGUACUGGACCUUUUAUAUUACUCUUCAAUGAACUAUGAUAUUUGCAAAUUUUACUUGGCACGGUGGGGAAUCCAGGGAAAGUGGAUGACACAGGGACAGAGCCGAUGGAUUAACCCUGCUCAGGAUCCAAGCCAAGUACAGACACAGCCUCAGCCAGAGACACAGCCUCAAACUCAGCCACAGCCUCAAACAUCACAGACAGUACAUACUUUAAAAGGAGAUACUUUAAGCCCACCCCUGAUGUCUUUUCAGAGUACAUCUGCCUGGUAA